AUGCAGAGGGUUCUUCUUCUUAUGCUUCUUCUUUGCGCUGUGACAUGUGGCCAAGACAUAUGUGGAUAUUACAAUGUGACGGACAGCAUUGGUGUCCUGGAGCAGUCUCCUCGCCUUAUGAAUAUCAGACCUGUCAAAGAUUGGCGUGAACCUACAAUUGUAUCAGUGGAUAUGACCUUCAGAGCAGUCCUGGAUAUGGACGAAAAACUACAAAUAAUGACAACUUUGAUGGACUUGGAAGUGAUCUGGGAAAAUCAGUUCUUAUCCUGGGAUCCAGAGAAAUUUUGUGGAAUAACCCGUAUCCUUAUACCGGAGGGCUCAGUCUGGAUCCCUGACAUCAGCAUAGCAGAAAUAACAGAGGAUGACUCCCUCGUUGUGGUCUAUAUGCAGCUGUAUUACAACGGCACCAUACGACGGACUAAAACUCUGAAGGUGGUGACCACAUGUCCUCUUGACCUUUACAAGUUCCCUUUUGAUACACAGAAGUGUAACCUGACAUUCGGCAUAUCUGACAUCCUGCUGGUCCCAUCCUCCAGUGCUCAGCAGGUGACAUUACUUUCAAUCAAAGAAUUUGCAAAAGCAGAAUGGAGCCUGAAAGAAGUCAACAUUAUUCACUUGAAUAUUUCAAAGUUUGGAGAGGAAUGGAGCAAAGUCAUUUAUCAGGUCCUGAUAAGGAGAGCCCCCAUUCUAUAUGUCAUUAAUCUGAUUAUCCCGGCUUGCCUGCUGGUGAUAGUAGAUGCAGCCAGUAUGUUCAUCCCAAUGGAGGGCGGUGAGCGCCUGGGAUUUAAAAUCACUGUAGUGCUUGGAUUCUCUGUGCUGCUGUUGAUUUUAAAUGAUUUUCUGCCUAACACUGAUAAUCCACCAAUAUUAGGUGUCUUCUGUAUGGUGUGUCUACUGAUAAUGAUAGUGAGCAUCAUCGAUUCCAUCUUUAUAUCCUAUAUGCUAUACCUGUCUGCUGUGAAACCGGAGGUACCUCAAUGGUUGAAGCUUUGGGUACUGAAGCGACUGGCGUUUGUUCUUCGAAUUUCCAUACAAGACGAGUUCCCAGAUCCCACAACAAUUGCAGUGAAGAACAAAGCUGCAGACGAACUUCCAGCACUUCAUGACUCAGAGACCGAAACCAACAGACGACUAGCAAAGGACUCCAAGGACAGUCCAGAGAUCAAACUACUUAAGAGAUUACUACUGGAACUGCUUAUGGUCCGUCGGCAUCUCAUUGUCUCCAAGAAAGAGGAGGCGGCAAAGUCAGAAUGGAAUUUAGUAGCUUUCGUCUUGGACCGGUUCAUUCUCAUCCUCUAUCUGUUUAUUGUGAUUAUCAUUGUAGUUAUAGUGGUGCUGGUUUGGGCUAUUUGA